AUGCACUAUGAUACUCCCGCUGAAAACAAAAGAGACAACCGGCUGUCACCAAUCACCCUGAGGGCCUGGAAUCAGGGAGACGCCCCAACAGUUGAAACGGUUUGCUGGGGGGUUUGGCGUCAAGGGAUCGGUGCGCGGCUCCGGGAAAAGGUUUAUGACAAAAUGAGCGCCGAAUUCCCACGCAACCGAAAGAGCGUGCGGAAAGAGGCCAAGGGUCCCCGGCCGCUCGCUUUCUCCCCGAAUCCGUGCCCGAGGCCGAGUGCGACGCCGCUCUCUGGCUUCGCCUUCCGUGCCGCAAACAGCGAGACGGUCGGCUACAGAGUGCCGUUUCCGAACAGACCCCAAGAGUGUGUCCCAGCCGCCCGUGGGGCUCUAAACGCCCCUAAGCGGCUUCGCGAAGCCGUAUCGAUCCGAAUUCCGAAGAGUCUCGCCCUCAGGCUUUCCAGCGGCCCAAAGCAAAGCGGAUAA